AUGGAUCUCAUAGUUUCCUCUUCAAACAAAGAAAAUGACAUGCUUAGCGUGCUAAAUGAAGCAGAAGCAGUCACCAUGAGCACAUUAGAAUCUUUGGUGUGCUUCAUUUCUGGUACAAAGGGACACUUAAAACAGAACAGAUGGUCAGCAAUCUCCAAGCUGAUGCAGCCAAAAAGAGUUUCUUGUGACUCUCAAGAAAUUGGCACAAAUGAAUUUGAGAAGGUAGAUGAAGCUUUGAAAUCCCUCGUCAGUCAAAACAAUCUCCAAGGCGAUUUGGAAAAUUUGGAGAUGUGCAUUCAAGAUCUAGGAAGAGGAGUUGAAUGCCUUUCAAGAAAACUUAUUAGAACUAGAGUUUCUCUUCUCAACAUCUUCAACAACUAG